GGCACACAGGAAGCGCGCGGGCCUCCAGCUUCCCACAGGGCCCUGCGAGGCACGGCCAAGAUGGCGGCGCUGAGUGGGGGCACGGGGUGGCUGCGAGGCUGGCUGCCCGCGCUGCGGCUGGUCCGGCGCGGCUCCAAGGCGGUGACGCGGCACUGGAAGGCCAUGCACUUCCAGCGGCAGAAGCUGAUGGCCGUCACCGAGUACGUGGCCCCCCGGCCCGCCGUGCCCCCCCGCUGCCUCCCUGCGCCCAGGGACCAGCCCCAGGAGGAGGACGGCUACGUGCGGCUGCUGCGGCGGCAGGUGGAGCAGGCGUUCCGGAGCAGCCGCAUGGUGGCCGUGUGCCAGUACAAUUCCAUGCCGGACGAGGACGUGGCCACCAUGCGCCACUACCUGCGCAGGCACAACAUCGAGGUCAAGUUCGUCCUCAACGAGAUUGUCCGGCCGGUGCUGGAGCAGUCCAAGUACAGGAACCUCCUCCCGCUCUUCGUGUGCCGCAACAUCCUGCUGGUGAGCCCGGAGACACGGGCCAGGGAGAUGCUGCGGGUGCUGAAGGGAAUUCCUCAGGUCAACCUCCUGGGCGCCUGCAUCGACGACACAAUCCUGAGCCGGCAGGGAGUGGAAAACUUUGCCCAGCUGCCGUCCCUGGAGGCCUCCCAGGGGCAGACGGUGGGAGCCCUGGCCCUCCUGCCCUCCCAGACCUCAUCCCUGCUCCAGCGUGGCCCUUCCCUCCUCACAGCGCUCCUGGAUGAGCACAUCCGCCGGCUCCGGGAGGCGGGGGCGCCUGGGGAGCCCCCUCAGGAGCAGGGAAAAGGGAACCAUUGAUGCAGGGCCCUGGGACCGGCUCCUUCCCCCGCUGUGGGAGCCUCUCAGGGCACAGGGAAAGGCUGGCACCUGGGAACUGGCUGCUUCCCUGGAUGUGGGACACGGGGGGUAACCUGGGGAGCAUCCCCCCAGCCUGGAAUGUGGGAGAUCAGACCGUGGGAAUUGGCUCCUUCCCCGGCUGCGGGACAUGGGGGGUCCCAGGGAGACCCCUCCAGACUAGAACACAGGGAAUCACCGAUGCUGGACCCUGGGAAUUGGCUCCUUCUCCAGCUGCAGGACA